AUGAGAAAUACGGAUCAGACCUGGCAGCAGGUCUACAUAAAGAAUUCAAUUUCUGCGCUGCUCGAGGUAGAAGCACUUCAAAGCCUCAGGCAGUAUUUCCCUGUCGAGACUAUACAGAUCGUUCUUGCUGUCGAUGAACAUAAAAGGGAUAUAUUCUUCAAGCGCUUCCAAGGCGAGACAUUGAACGAAGUUCGCCUUCGGUACUAUCAUAGGCAAAGCCCUGUCUCUGACCAUCUGGAAGAGCUGUAUUACCGUUCAGAUGAAUGGUUCAUUGAUCUCGACCUUCGCCGAGCCAGUGAUGUUUUGGCAGCUUACCAAAGAUCCUUCGGGCAUAAAAUGUCACCUAUCAAUUGCUCUGAGCAAUAA